CUCGACUCUCUAACCAUAAUGUCUUGUUCGAACCUCGACCUGAUAAACGAAUGCGAUAGUUUCCCAUAUUACCAGACCGAUCCGGACCUGUACGCCGCCAGCAUUUCCACCUACUUCGAGCUCAGGGUCCGAGGACACGACUAUGCGCUUGGUUAUAUCCUCCCCUCUGUCGCCGAGAUCUUCCGGAACCUCCCUAAUUGGGAACUCGACGACGAUGACCGGAUACUGACCCUUACGGGCGGUAGCACUGCCGAGGAGCGAUCAGAACUGGUGAUGCGCACACUUUGGGCCAUGAAAGGGAUCGGCCAUUUCAAAGUUCUCGAAAAGUGGCGAGAUGAGCUCUAUCCUGUGUACGGCAAGAACAGAGAGCUCCUCUUCAACGUUGAGAGGUGCGCAAGCCCACUGCUUGGUGUUGUUACCUAUGGUGUGCACCUCACAGCCUUUGUAAAAAAGGAUGGUGAGCUGAAGAUAUGGACUCCGAGACGCGCGAAGACAAAGCAAACAUAUAGCGGGCUGCUAGACAAUGCUGUGGCAGGUGGCAUUGCGUCGGGCGAAGGGCCGUUUGAGAGUUUGGUAAGAGAAUGUGGUGAGGAGGCGUCGCUGGAGGAAGAGCUUGUGAGAAGCAAAGCAAAGGCAUGUGGCACCGUCACUUACUUCUACAUCCGCAACGAAAAGGCAGGAGGUGAGACGAGACUGCUGCAGCCCGAGUGUCAGUACGUCUAUGACCUGGAACUGCCCGAGAAUGUGAUACCGAAACCGGGAGACGACGAAGUCGAAGAGUUCUAUCUGUGGACCGUGGGAGAAGUGCAAGAUGCAAUGGCGAGGGGCGAAUUUAAGCCAAAUUGCGCUCUGGUGAUGCUGGAUUUCUUAAUUCGACAUGGCGUCUUGACGAGCGAGAACGAGCAGGACUAUAUCGAGAUUGUAUCGAGGCUGCACCGAAGACUUGAAUUUCCUACUCUAUAA